GCUGAAUAUUAUAUGACAGCUACACAAAGAUAAAUUAUGAUAUAUAAACAGAUUUUUAAAAAAGAAAUUGCUCCAGGAAGUAAUUUCAGGAAGUAGCAAGCUUUCCCUGACAGUCGUGCAGUUUACAAAUCAAGAUGGCAGGUCUGUCUUUAUACUUUGAAGAUGGUCAUGAUGAUUUGGAUGACUUUGGGUUUGAUGACUACGGGUCAGAGUGCGAUGGAAUUCGGAUCACGGCCUUCCUGGAUGCGGGGCAGGAUAACCUCACCCCUCUGGGACGGCUUGAGAAAUACGCUUUCAGCGAGAACGUCUUCAACAGGCAGAUCGUGGCGCGCGGACUGCUGGACGUGCUGCGCGAGUUCAGCGACAGCGAGAAUGACUUUGUCGCUGUCAUGGAAACGGUUGCCAGGAUGUCGGAGGAUGGAGAACCCACAGUGCGUGCUGAACUGAUGGAGCAGGUACCCAACAUUGCCAUGUUCCUGCAUGAGAGCCGGCCCAACUUCCCAGCAGCCUUCUCCCGAUACCUGGUGCCCAUUGUAGUGCGGUACCUCACUGACCCCAACAACCAGGUGCGCAAGACCAGCCAGGCCGCCCUCCUCGUGCUCCUGGAGCAGGGCCUCAUCUCCAAAAACGACAUGGAGGGCAAAGUGUGUCCCGUGCUGCUGGACCUGACCGAGCCCAGCAGCGACGACGACUACAAGAUCGAGGCUGUGGCGAUCAUGUGUAAGCUGGUGACGGUGCUGAGCCGGGACACGGUGGAGCACCUGCUGCUGCGGAGGUUCUGUGAGCUGUGCGGCGACGCCCGGCUGUUCCAAGUCCGCAAGGUGUGUGCUGCCAAUUUUGGGGAGUUCUGUUCCAUCGUGGGCCAGGAGGCCACAGAGAAGCUGCUGAUGGCGAAGUUCUUUGACCUGUGCUCGGACAGCCUGUGGGGCAUUCGCAAGGCCUGCGCGGAGUGCUUCAUGGUCGUGUCCAACUCCACGUCCCCCGAGGUCCGGCGGACCAAGCUGUCCCCCCUCUUCAUCAGCCUCAUCAGCGACCAGUCCCGCUGGGUGAGGCAGGCCGCCUUCCAGUCCCUGGGGCGCUUCAUUUCCACCUUCGCCUCCCCGUCCAGCACCGGCCUGCACUUCAGAGAGGACGCCACGCUCCGCGAGAUCGCCAAGCCGCCGCCCGAAAAGUGUGAACCCCCCGAUUGCAGAGAGUCGGCCGGGGGCUGCCCGGGGGAGAGGCCAGCCCACGCACCUCUGGAGACGGACCGCAGCUCUACUCCAGUCCCAGGCUUCGGCUCGGGCCUGCUGGCCGCUCGAGGCCCCGCUGACUGCGCCGUGGAGACCAAAGGAGGCGCAGGCCAAGGGCAGGGGCCAGGGGUCUGCGCCUCCCUCGGUCCGGGGGAGGCGCAGGUGGGCGAUGACACGUACAACUCCUUCUACUUCUGGAGGCCCCUGCUGCCCGAUAUCAGCCAGGACCUGGAGCUCCUGCGGACCGUGGAGGAGCACGAGCACGAGGAGGAGCAGGAGCACAAGCAGGAGGAGGAGGAGCAUGCGCCGGAGGAGGAGGAGCAAGCGCCGGAGCAGGAACAGGAGCACGAGCAGGAGGAGGAGCUGGAGGAGGAACGGGCGCAGAAUCACGAGCAGGAGCAGGAGGAACCGGAGGAGGGACAACAGGAGGAGGAGGACGAGGAGGAGCAGGUCACCAGGCUGGAUUCCCAAGGCCCUGCUACCAGCUCACAGAUCCAGAAGGUUCUAGACUGCCUGCAGCCCCACCUGGACGACCCAGACGUUCAAGCCCAGGUACAGGUGCUGUCGGCAGCCCUGAAGGCGGCCCAGCUGGAGAGCCAAUCGGAAGAGGGCGAGCAGGAGGAGGCUGCUGGGGAGAGGCCCUCCCCCGAACCGUCGCCGCCCCCCACACCCGCCCCCGAAGAUCCUCCGCCCCUCCCCGCCGACGGCCAGCCCCCGACAGACACGGAACCUUCCGGGUCGCCCCUGACCCCGCCUGACUCGCCCCCUGCCCCCGAGGACACAGAGCAGACCCGUGUGGAGACGGCCGAGCUGAUCGAGAGUUUGGAGGGAGGGACGGACUUCGGACCCGGGCAGCUGUACGAGGAGGAGAGGUCCAAGGUCCAGAACGUGAUCCCGCAGCAGCUGCUGGAUCAGUACCUGUCCAUGACGGACCCGGCCCGGGCCCAGACGGUGGACACGGAGAUCACCAAGCACUGCGCCUUCAGCCUGCCGGGCGUGGCCCUCACCCUGGGGAGACAGAACUGGCACUGCCUCAAGGACACCUACGAGACGCUCGCCACCGACGUUCAGUGGAAGGUGCGUCGCACGUUGGCGUUCUCCAUCCACGAGCUGGCGGUGAUCCUGGGGGACCAGCUCACGGCGGCCGACCUGGUGCCCAUCUUCAACGGCUUCCUGAAGGACCUGGACGAGGUGCGCAUCGGGGUCCUCAAGCACCUGUACGACUUCCUGAAGCUGCUUCACGCGGAGAAGCGGAGGGAGUACCUCUACCAGCUGCAGGAGUUCAUGGUGACGGACAACAGCCGAAACUGGAGGUUCCGAUACGAGCUGGCAGAGCAGCUGAUCCUGAUCAUUGAGCUGUACUCCCACUACGACGUGUACGACUACCUGCGGCAGAUCGCGCUCACGCUCUGCUCCGACAAGGUUUCGGAAGUGCGCUGGAUCUCCUACCGGCUGGUGGUGGAGAUCCUGCGGAAGAUGUACUCCAGCGGGGCGCAGGACCUGGGCCUCAACUUCAUCAACGAGCUCAUCGUGCGCUUCUGCCACUGCCCCAAGUGGGUGGGACGGCAAGCCUUCGCCUUCAUCUGCCAGGCCAUCGCGGAGGAGGACUGCAUGCCGAUGGAGCAGUUUGCUCAGCACCUCCUCCCCAGCCUCCUCAGCCUGUCCUCCGACCCCGUCGCCAACGUGCGCGUGCUGGUCGCCAAGGCGCUGCGGCAGAGCGUGGUGGAGAAAGAGUACUUCAGAGACCCGGGCAGCGCGUACUCAGACGAGCUGGAGGAGACGGUGCUGACGCUGCAGGCCGAUAAGGACAGAGACGUGCGCUUCUUCGCCAGCGCAGAUCCCACCAGGAGCGUCAUGGAUACGGCAGCCUUGAUAUAACGGCACGAACUGAGCAAAACCACUGAGACGCACACACACACACACACACACACACACGUACCCACACACACACACACGUACACGCGCACACACACACAAGUACCCACACACACACACACACACACACACACACACACACACACUCACACACUCACACGCAUACACAGGGGCACACACACAUACACACACACUCUCACACGCGCACACACGUGCACAUUCUCUCACACACAAGCACACACUCUCUUUCUCACUCACACACACACACUCCUCCAACUCUCCUCGCUCUCUAUCUCUUUCUCUCUCUCUCUCUCACACACACACACACACACACGCACACCCACCCACCCACACAUACACCCACCCGCCCACACACACACACACACUCUCACACACACACACACACACACACACGCGCGCACACACACUCUCACACACUCACACUCACACACAGGGGCACACACACGCACACACUCUUUCUCACACACACACGCACAACACACACACACACACACGCGCAAAUACAGGAAUCUACUCUGGGACUCUGAUCAGGCAGCAGGGACUGGGGUUUUGGGGAACCCUUGUUUCGGGCUCAGGGGAAACCUCCUCACGGGGCAGAACCCACCACUGGCGUGGGUCAGGCCCAACCCCCCCCAUCUCUUCCCCGCUCUCGCUCCCUACGAUGGACUUCUCACGCGUGGCAAGCCAUCUGUCCAAAGGUUAUUGUACAGACAAGUAUAAACAUUUUACAUGGUUUUAUCCCCUCCCCUGAAUUUAUUAAAAAAUAAUUUUAAAAAGACACAAAAAAGACUAAACGGCUUGGAAACGUGCAUUAACUCAGGGGUCUGAUCAGAACAACGCGUACGCAAACGAGAACUGAAAAGGGCACGGAUGCUCCUGGCCCGGAUGCCCCUGGCCCGGAUGCCCCUGGCCCGGAUGCCCCUGGCCCGGAGGCCCCUGUUGGCCCGGAUGCCCCCGGCCUGGAGGCCCCUGGCCCGGAUGCCCCUAGCCUGGAGGCCCCUGGCCCGGAUGCCCCUGGCCUGGAGGCCCCCGGCCCGGAUGCCCCUGGCCCGGAUGCCCCUGGCCUGGAGGCCCCCAGCCCGGCUCCCAGACCUCCACGGCCCGCGCCCUCAGGUUCCUGGAGCUGGUCUGGGCCGACCUCCUGGGCCUGCUCUUUCCCCUGGGCUCAGAAGGCUUCUCAUAACCACUACCGCUCAGGAGAAACGUCUGCCCGCUCUCUCUUUACCCACGUAUCGCACUGUUUCUAAAAGCUGAACCAUGGCUGGCUCUGCCGGCCAUAGGCCUGAUUACCUCCACCUGGACUGCCAGCGCGGGAACUCUCAACUGGACUUAGUGUACGAGACGUAGCGUCUGCGAGCAGCGCUAACGCUAGCCUAAAGGCCCAAGAGGCGUUCCGAAGGGGCGGGGCCGAGCCAGUAGGGGGCGGAGCCACUUGGCUUUGGUGCAGCUCUGCGGUCAGGCCGUUGCCUCCGCCCCCGUCCCCGUCCCCGCCAGGGACCGGCCGUGAACGGGAAAGCGGUACGUUCCAGCGGGACCAGCGUCAGACACGUCUUCCGCGGAGCUAUGCUAAGUGCAGGUUCACUGGGUGCAGUUCUGGUGGGAGUCGGACUCAAGCGUGGGGUUUUUCUCCCCUGUCCGGUUUGGAGUGACCAGUUGCUGUAGUAGCGCAGCUGUGGCAUUAUUCCUUUGCGUCAGCUUGCGCGCAGUCCAGGACACAUACGGGCAGAGAAAGCGAACGACGCACAGGUGGGUCGACCACAGGGGGCGUGGCUGGGUUAACCAGCCGACCCCCAACACCCCCCCCCUCCCGGUUGAAGCCUCGCCCAAUCGCAUGUUGCUCCGAAAGACCUCCGGCCGUAUUCGGCUCCGCUUAUGUUCGACCCGGCGCUGCAGAAUCGCUACCUGGACCGGUCGCCCCUAUCCGCGCAGACGGCAUCGGCACCUGAGGUGCUAGCAGCGGUCCGCGUAGCCUGUGAGGAGUGAGGAGGAGCAAGUUCGCUAGCAGUGAGAGCAGUCACCAAGUCACUUUUAUUUCCUCUUUUUUAAAAAUGUUUUCUUGUAAAAAGGCAGGUUUUUGUCUGUAAAAAUGGCCAGAGAAAUGAAGCUGAUGGCUGUGUGGUUUGUGCAUCUCGUCUUGUGGACGUGCCCCUCCGCCAACGCCACAGGGUCCGCUUCACGCAAAUGUCUGUGCAAUUUGUGCCCGUCUCAAUUUUUUUAAUGUGGUAGAAACUGUUUAUAAAUAUAUAUAUACACAUUUUCUGAAGUCUUAUUUUUUUCUUUCAAUUAUUUACCUUGUUUAAAGAUUUUAUAUCCUAACUUUUGCCAUUUACAACCUUUGUAAUUGUCAAUGGUUUCUUUUUAAAGAUGUUUUAUGCAUUGUUAUUUUUAGUAUUCCGUAAUUAAAAUAAUAUAAAUUUCAAUUUAAUAAAAUAUGAAAAUAUGUCCUCCCUGUAAAGAUGAACACUGUAGAAUUUGAUUAGUAACAAGAUAUCGUGGGCAUUUUAAGUAACUGGGUGCUUAGUCUGAGUGGAUCACCAGCACAAAAGAACAAUACAAUGCAAUCUUAUGUAGAAUUUAAAAUAUGCAAUGCACUGAAGGGUUUGCUCAGUUUAGCCAUUUAGCUCAUCCGCAGGUCAUUUCACCAGCGAGUCGUUAGCCUAUCAUGUGUGUUGAAGGCAAGUAAUAUGUGUAUAAAUUAAGUAUUAAUAUAUUAACAUUUUAGCUGAAUAAUCGUACCUGCGGCGCUCCUCGACCUCGGGCUGGCUCUCUGUCCUGCUAGCAAAUAAUUAUCUUGUUUUGACGCAAGAGCAACUGCACAAACCUUUCAGUGCAUCUCACUGUGCGUGAGUUUAGUGUUCUCACUUUCUUUUCCCUUUUCUCUUAGCUGCGCGCGAGUUUAGCGGUCGGUGCGUCUCGCUCUUUCUGAGCUGCGCGCCGGUUUGAAUUUCGCUGCGUGGUCAUGCCCUUCCACUCGCUUUACGCACUCAGAAACUUAACUCGCCCAUUAAAUGCACAAAUUUGCGUCAAUUUGGAAAGAAACUCAAAUCACUACUAGGGCACAAUUAUUUCAUUAAAAUUUUCAAUUUCUUGGAA